AUGGAUCGUUUUGAAGUCGAGCCUGAACAAAUUAAUGUGAAUUUAGAACAAUCAUCAGCUAAUCAAUCAGGAUUAUUUAUUAUUGUUGUCGUUCUUGUUUUGAUUAUAAUUAUUCCAAUAGUUAUUAUCAAAACAAAACCAUCAACAACAAUCAAAACAACAACUACAAUGGUGACAACGGAAAUAACACCGAAAGAAAUUACGACAAUAAAGAACAAACAAACAACAGAAGAACAAAUUGAAUCAAAAUAUAAUCGUUGGAAACAAAAUGGUAUCACAAUUGCCGGAGAAAGUCAACAGCGAAGUGGAUUAAACCAGCUCAGUGAGCCUCACGGUAUUUUAAUUGAUGACAACGCUAUUAUUAUUGCAGAUUAUGACAAGGGGCGCAUUCUUGAAUGGAAACUUAAUGCGAAGGCUGGUGAAAUCAUCGCAGGAAGAAAUGAAAAUGGAAAGGAAAUUAAUCAAUUGGCUCAUCCUGUAGAUGUGAUUCUUGACAAAAAAAAUGAUUCUUUGAUCAUUUGCGAUUAUGAUAAUGAACGAAUAAUGCGAUGGUUUCGUAAGAAUCAGACAAGUCCACAAGUUUUCAUUGCUAACAUCAGCUGUUUUGGUUUGGCAAUGGAUAAUAAUGGAUCUAUUUAUGUUGCUGAUUGGGAGAAGAGCACAGUCACACGGUGGAAAGAAGGAGACAUAAAUGGAACAGUAGUUGCAGGCGGACAUAACAAAGGAAAUCAGCUCAAUCAAUUAUAUUUGCCUCAUUAUAUAUUUGUCGAUAAAGAUUAUUCUCUUUAUAUUUCAGAUUAUUUCACUGAUCGCGUGGUGAAAUGGAGAAACGGUGCGAAAGAAGGAAUUGUGGUGGCUGGUGGAAAUGGUUCCGGGAACAGUCUUACACAACUCUCGUCUCCUCAAGGUUUGUUUGUUGAUGAUCUGGGUUUCAUCUAUAUCGCAGAUUACGCCAAUCAUCGUAUAAUGCGUUGGUGUGAAGGAGAUAAACAAGGUUCAAUCGUUGUAGGUGGAAAUGAUCAAGGACAAAGAUCCGAUCAACUGAAUUAUCCCGUAGAUUUGUCAUUUGAUGCUGAAGGAAAUCUAUAUGUUACUGAUUCUGAUAACAAUCGAAUUCAAAAAUUUGAACCCUGCUUUCAUAAAACAAUCUGUUAA